CAAAGGUGGAUUAGGGAUGAUGCAAAGCUAUAUAUUGUUUUGUGGAGAGUUAUGGAAAAAGAGGGAAAGGGUUAGUGCGAAAGGGGGAGAACACAGGCAUGGUGGUGAGCAGGCCUAUGAAGCGACUGAAAAGGGUGGUGGCUGAGGCAGACACUGACUCUGAUUCUUAUUCUUUUUACAAGUUUGGCGAUGGAGAUAGAGAGCGUUUCCAAGGCCCCUUUCGCUCCAAUGUAAGAUCGUUUCUGGAAUCUUAUGCGGAGGGUCCUUUGGCGCUCAAGAUCUCCUCUCCUCCUCUUGUGCAGAGAUGGAAAAUCGGGUUUCGGUUAGACGAUGAUAAUAUUUGCGUCGCACUGAAUGUGGUGGAAGAGAGAGUAGCAGGAGAAGAGCAACAAGAAGAGCAACGUGAUCUGGAUCAGGAUCAGGAUCAGGAUCUCCAUUGUAGUCACUGCCGGCUUGCAGGUUGGAACGGAAAUCCUGUCUGCAAUAGAAGGUAUCAUUUUAUAAUACAAGCGGAGGCCGCCUUCAAUACAAAAUGUCCCUGCUGUCAGGCUUCUUUUCGGUCCUCUUCAUCAAGAUGCAAAGUUUGUGAUUACGAGAUAAGCAAGGAGACUGACCUGGAAGAGGAGAGUCAGCUUGCCCUGGAAGAUUCUAGUCACUUGCUACAUGGGAUCAUUCAUGCAAAUGGAUUUGGUCACCUGCUAAGAGUAAAUGGGCGGGAAGGCGGCUCCCAAUUUCUUUCUGGGUGUGAUAUCAUGAGUCUCUGGGACCGGAUAUGCAUUAUGCUAAGGGCCAGAAAAAUUAGUGUUAUGGACGUUUCAAAGAAAUAUGGGCUUGAAUAUCGACUGCUGCAUGCUGUGCAAAAAGGGCACCCUUGGUAUGGAAAUUGGGGUUAUGAAUUUGCAACUGGAAGUUUUGCUCUAACUUUUGAAUCAUACAAGACAGCUGUUGAAUGCCUGUCAAGAACCCCUCUGAUCUCAAUCCUUUCGGGCGUGGGCAAAUAUAAUGGACAACUGAAAUGUACUGUGCAGUUCUAUUGGUCCUUGUCUAAAAAGCCGAUUGUGACAGUCCAAGAUUUGAUAUGUUUUAUCAUGGAGCUGUUGCACAAAUUCCAUGAUUGUGCUGUUGCAAGUAAAUGGCCAGUUCUCUUUUCUGUUGAUGCACCUGGUGAGUCUAAAUGGACAUCCACGGAGGUUGAUCAGGUCUCAUCUGCCAUGCUCAGAAUUCUACAAGCAGCAGAUAGAUCAAAAUGGAUAACAUGGCGGGAUCUAAAAGGAGCAAUGCCUUUCUCAAAGGAUCCCGAGCUUGUUGAUUUUGUGCUGAAAGCUUUAGAAGGUAAGGUUUUGGCAAGUCGGGUUGUGCAGUGCCGGCGUAUGUUUUCCACUCGAACACUAGAAUACAGGUUGGAAGACAUAGGCAGCACAGCUAUUGAAUCAGAUAAUGAGAGCGUCGGUAGUACUUGGCAGUCCAUGCAAGAAUGCGUCUUGGAAGAUUUGAAGAUGAUUUAUCAUGCAUUGUUACAGCCUUUGCCUGCUGCUGCUCUUUGGCAUUAUGGGUUAGGCAAGCAAUUUGCUGAUGCCUCAAGAAAGCUGUUGGACUGUAAACAGUUUGCUAAAGAUUAUGAGGCAAAACAUCCAAUUGUAAUGAAAGACUUUUGCCAAAUAAGAGUCAUUGCUGUGGCUGAGAUUUUAGAUGAACCAAAGACUGCUGAGAGACCUCCUCCUGAACUAUUGGUAUUGCCACAAAAUGCUACUGUAGCUGAUCUAAAGCAAGAAAUUGUAGAAGCAUUUAAAGAUGUUUAUAUAUGUUUCAAAUGGUUUCAAGUACAUAAUAUUCCUGAGCUUCAGGGUAGGGAAGAUUCGGUUAACUUGAUGUUUCUUCUAGGACCAGAGAGUGUUGUGACUGUUCAGGGUUGUUUCUCUGGUAACGUAUCCAUGUUUAGGACAGAGCGAGGCGACCAAAUAUGGACUGUUAAAUGUUCUUGUGGUGCAAGUGAGGAUGAUGGAGAGCUUAUGAUUCAAUGUGAUAAAUGUCAGGUCUGGCAACACACGAGGUGUGUUGGUAUUUUAGAUACAAAGGGUGUUCCCCAAACUUUUAUAUGUAAAGAGUGUAAUGAAAUAUUAUCUGGAACAAGUUGUCAUUCUGGUCAUAAUAUGUUGGGUAGCUCAUCUGUGUAGAAUUAUUUUAGAGCUACUUUUUUCGUGACAGAGAAAAUGGUUGUAUACUAACAGAGAAAUUUUUGUCGUAGAAGCUCUAAGCUAAUCACUCACUAUAAUGUGCAGAAAACUGCAUCUUGCCCAUGCUUUCACAAUAUUUGAUUUUAUUCUAUUCCUUC